AUGAAUGGACGAGUUGUUGACCAAUCAGAAGCAUGUGACCGGUGAAUAUGUAGGCUGCUCAGCAUCAGCUGGCCGCAUUCAGACUGUCACUGCAUCACACACACACACACACACACACGCUUAAACACUCUAACACACACUGUUAGGGACAGCUGCUUACAUAAACACACACAGUCAGCUUUAUAUUCAUCAUCACCAGUCGUGAGACAUCCGUCCAUCAUGCACAGCAAAGAACAAAUCAGUCACGAUGAAUACCAGAAGACAGCUGACUGGCUGAUGUCUCAGACGAAGCACCGCCCCCAGGUGGCAAUCAUCUGCGGGUCUGGACUGGGCAUGCUCGCUGACACCCUCAAAUGUCAGGACACCUUCCCGUAUUGUGACAUACCGGGCUUCCCACAGAGCACAGUGAAAGGUCAUGAAGGUCGGCUGGUUUUCGGAGAGCUGAAGGGGAAGACAUGCGUGUGCAUGCAGGGUCGCUUCCACAUGUAUGAAGGACACUCACUCUGCAAGACAACGUUUCCAGUUCGAGUUUUCAAACUGUUGGGGGUGGAGACGCUGAUCGUGACGAAUGCUGCCGGCUCAUUGGCCGAUGGCUUCCAGCCUGGUGACAUCAUGAUCAUCAAAGACCACGUCAACUUCCCCGGAUUGGUCGGUCUGAACCCACUGAAUGGACCCAACGACGAAAAGUUCGGGCCUCGUUUUCCAGCCAUGUCCGGUUGCUAUGACAAAGGCCUGCGUUGCCUAGCGAAGGAGAUCGCCAAGCAGCUGGGCGUGGCCGGCCUCAUGCACGAGGGCGUGUACGCCAUGGUGGGGGGGCCAACCUUCGAAACCAUCGCUGAGGCCAGACUGCUGCAUCGACUGGGGGUGGACGCUGUCGGUAUGAGUACGGCUCCUGAGGUCGUCAUGGCGACUCACUGCGGUCUGAGAGUGUUCGGCCUCUCUCUGAUCACCAACAAGGUGGUGAAGAGUUACGAGGAUUCGGACAGCGUGAACCACGACGGGGUCUUGGAGGUCGGCCGGCUGCGCUCUCAAACGGUGCAGCAGCUGGUGACCGAGCUGAUCAGCCGGAUGGAGAUCAAUAACAACAACAACACCCCCACUAAUGCCGUCUGAACACACACACACACACACACACAAAAUGAUGUGUUUAUACAUAAUUCUUGCAUUGACAAAUCUUUUCAGAGCAUUCUUGUAUUUUACCAGACUUUGUUAUUUUUUACUUUUCCUAACAGAAACACUUAAUUUAUAUCAACGUGGUGCCUAAUAUAUCUCUGUCGGGGUACAUUUAUGUGCAAGUAUUUAUGUAUGAUAUUUCAUGUUAAUCCUACAGAUUAAUAUAAUGAUGAUGUCUGAUGGUGCUUUAAUAU